AAUAUCUCUAUAAAACUAUCUUCCUCUCUCUAAAGUUAAACUCUCUUUCUCUCUCUAAAGUUUUUUUAAAGGCCGGUUGAAUCCCUCUCUAAAGGGGAGAGGAGAUAGCCAUUCUCUGCAAAUAUGGGUUAUUCUAAUGGCUAUCUUUCCCUCUUCUUUUGUAUCCUUAUGGUCAUGGCUUCUGUCCAGUCCACAAGAGACCAUCAAAGAGAGUUCGAUUACUUUCUUUUGGCCCUCCAAUGGCCUGGAACCAUAUGCCAGAGGACCCACCAUUGCUGCUCUUCCAAUGCCUGCUGCCGACGCUCUUCCAGCCCAACAGAGUUUACGAUACAUGGAUUAUGGGUUGACUAUAAUGAUGGAAGCUGGCCAGCUUGCUGCGGAAGAUCUGAUUUUGAUGAAAAUAAGAUUACAGCUUUGAUUGGAACUCUUGAAAAGUAUUGGCCAUCCUUGUACUGUGGCUCUUCAUCUGUUUGCCAUGGUGGAAAGGGAUCAAUCUGGGCACAUGAGGUACAUCUGGAUAGAUUUUCUUUAUUAUUCUGAUGCCUUUUUUGUAUAGUUUCUUUUUUUUUCUUUUUUUUUUAAGUGUUAAGAGUGGGAAAGGAGCCUGGGCCAUUAUGUUGUGAUACCUGCCCCCCUAACCAUCGACCGGUAUAGUUUUCUUUCCACUUUAUUAAAAAUAAAAUUUCAGUUGCAUUCUGUACUUGAAUUAUGGUUCCUUUGCCUAACAUUGCUUUUCUCUGAUGUUGUUUUCAUGGCU